UAACAGAACAACAAAUUCAGUUGAACGUCAUAAACGGAAAUCGCUUGUUUUUGUGAAUACGUUUUAGUUUUAAAUUUUGAAUUAAAACUGAAUAGUGAAUAAUGGAUAUUAAGGAUAUAUUGUUUAAAUUCUAAAGUAUAUGUUUUUUAAAUAUCAUGUGAAUUUAUCUAUAAAAUUCUACUAAAAAUGGGCGGUUGUACAGCUGUAAAGUGUUCAAAUACUCGUAGCAAAGGUUUUCGUCUUUUUCGGUUUCCAAGAGACUAUAAAAGACGAAAAACUUGGUUACAAAAUUGUCGCCGUGAUAAAUGGCAUCCUACAAAUUAUUCUGAGUUGUGUGAAAUCCAUUUUGAAGAAGGACAAUUUGAACAACAUCGUCAGGAUGGUGUAAAAAAACUCAAGCCAAAUGCUAUACCAACACUGUUUGAUAUACCAAAUCCACCUCACUUGUUGGAAACCAAAAGAAAAUCUUUAUAUAAGGAAGAACUUGAACAAACUAGAGCUGAAAUAAAACGUCUAAAAGAAGAGAAUGACUUUAUGAAAAAAAAAAUUCAACAAAUUGAAAAAAUUGAAGAAGAAAAGAAGUUAGCUCAACUGGAAGACCCGAAGACCGAAGUUCAUAAAAUUCAAGUAAAUAUGGACGAUCAAAACAUUAUGGAUCUUGUGGAGAGUAGUGAUGAGGAAAGUCCAUCAUUAUCAAAAAUAUUGUCUGUUGAAGAUAUGCUUUUAGGAAAAGGCAGACAAGAAAAAUCGUUGGGCAACCUGGCAACCAAGUUUGCUGAUCUUCUUCGAAAUUCUCCGGAUGGAGUAAUGCAUUUAAACAAAGCUACUGCCAUGCUAGCUGUUAAACAAAAAAGAAGAAUUUAUGAUAUUACAAAUGUGCUAGAAGGUAUUGGUUUAAUAGAAAAAAAGACCAAAAAUCAAGUUAGAUGGAGGGGAGUUGAAACAAGUGAAGAUGAUAAGACUGCUGCAACGAGAACAAAACUUCAAGAAGAAAUACAAACUUUAAAGUGGCAAGAAGAUAUUCUGGAUAAGCAAUUAGAGAUUCUUAGUCGUGAUUUUAAAGUGCUCAAGGAAGAAAAAUCUUUUGCUCGUUACAUGUAUUUAUUGAGUAGUGAAAUCUCCAAUAAACAAGAAAAACGAUCAGUUUUUACUGUACAACCUAUGGAAGCACUUAGAGGAGCUAGUAUUUCCAUACCAAGAACCAAAUUUAAUCGCAACUAUAGUAUUAAACCCUAUGAUAACAGUAUGCCCUUUAGAAUACAUUUUAAUUCUAAAACAGUACCAGUCAACAUGAAUCUUAUUUCAUUCAAAGCAUUUGGUCAACUUGAGAAUAAAAGAUGUGUUUCGGAAACAAUUAGUAAUUUAAGAAAAAUACCUCGCACUAAUUAUUCUGAUGAUGUAAAAAGUAGUAUUAUACACAAUAAUGAAGAAUCUGAUGAUAUGGAAGAAAUUAUUGUACUGAAUAAAGAAGGUAAACAGGUGGAAAAAAAUUUAAAUUGUGAUACAUUAGAUGAUAAUGGAACUAAAUCUUAUGCUAGAGUUUGUCCACGUUAUGAUCCAAUCUUCAGGUUGAGCCCACCUCCGCCAGUGAAUAUUUUUCCAUGUUUAAUUGACCCUUCUGAAGGAGCAUUUGAAGCUUUUGAUAUUAAGCCCAAAUAUUAAGAGUUAAUACCUAUUCAACAAAUGUUUACAAAAUAUUGAUUACAUCACUCGAAUGUUUUAAUUAAUUUACCAUGUUAAUAAAUUACCAAGAUAUUGUAUUUUUA